UACAGCAAAAUCCCAGUCCCUAAAUAUGGCGAAACCCACUGGCACUGCCAGUACACGGAACAGCCGGGAAGUUUUGUAGCAUUUUGCAUUUUAUCACGGCGAAGAGUAGAUAAGUUCUUGUAUUUUCUGUACGCAUAUUUGGAGGUUAUAUCAACUAGUUUCACCAUAUGGUUCAUCUGCUGCCACACACGCGACUGUAAAUGCAGCAGCGCUCGUGACUCCCGUCUGAUCAGACACUCACAGCUGGAUAUUAUCGGCUCUUCAGCAGGAACUCUUCAGAGCUGAAGACAGUGCGUUAGCUUAGAGGACACAGACUGAGAUGGAAGAACUGUCAAGCCCUAACAGACGCCAGUAAGCGAGGAUAUUCAGUGAAUUAGACGCGAUGGCAGCGUCCAGUAACUCCAGUCUGUCGGGUUCCUCCUCUGUCUCCUCGGAUCCUGAAGAUUAUCAACCACCAAUAUGGAAGUCCUAUCUGUAUCAGCUACAGCAGGAAGCACCAAGACCAAAGAGGAUUACAUGUCCUCAGGAGAUGGGGAGCAGGCCCAAGCACUAUGGUAGAGAGUUCCAUGGUCUGAUUUCCAGAGAGUGUGCAGAUGAAAUGCUUGCAGGGACAGAGGGUGCUUACCUCAUCAGAGAGAGUCAAAGACAACCAGGAACAUACACACUUGCAUUGAGAUUCGGAGGCCAGACACUGAACUACCGACUCUUUUAUGAUGGAAAGCACUUUGUGGGAGAGAAGCAUUUCGAGUCUGUGCAUGAUCUGGUUACAGACGGUCUCAUCACUCUCUAUAUUGAGACCAAGGCAGCCGAGUAUAUCGCCAAGAUGACCACAAACCCCAUCUACCAGCACCUGGGGUACACUUCUCUCCUGAGGGACAGAUUCACUCACCGUCUCAGUCGAACCCGUUCCGAGCCCAAAAGAGUCACUUUCCAGCAGGAUGACAAGAUCUCCCCAUCGCUGCUGAGCAGACGCACCACAAUCAAGGAUGGACAGGAGAAACACUACAACUACGAAAAGUUCCACAACUUUAAGGUGCACACCUUCAGAGGGCCACACUGGUGUGAAUACUGUGCUAACUUCAUGUGGGGUCUUAUCGCCCAGGGCGUCCGUUGUGCAGACUGUGGGCUGAACGUGCACAAGCAGUGCUCUAAAUUGGUGCCCAGCGACUGUCAGCCAGACUUGCGCCGGAUCAAGAAGGUCUUCAGCUGCGAUCUCACCACGCUGGUCAAAGCCCACAACACACCACGGCCAAUGGUUCUGGACAUGUGUAUCAAAGAGAUCGAGCACAGAGGGUUAAAAUCAGAGGGUCUCUACAGAGUGUCUGGCUUCACAGAACACAUAGAAGACGUCAGGCUGGCCUUUGAUAGAGAUGGUGAGAAGGCAGACAUCAGUGCCAGUUUAUACCCAGACAUCAACAUCAUUGCUGGAGCUCUGAAGCUUUACCUGCGGGACCUGCCCAUUCCAGUCAUCACAUAUGACGUUUACUCCAAAUUCAUACAAGCAGCCAAAAUAAUGGACCCUGACUCUAGACUGGAGGCAGUUCACGAUGGUCUCCUUCAGCUUCCCCCCGCCCACUUUGAGACCCUGCGUUACCUGAUGACACACCUGAAGAGGGUCACCAUGUUUGAUAAAGACAAUUACAUGACCGCAGAGAACCUAGGAAUUGUUUUUGGACCAACGCUCAUGCGGCCGCCAGACCAGAACACGCUUGCCACUCUCAACGACAUGAGAUACCAGAAACUGAUUGUUCAACUCCUGAUAGAGCACGAGGACAUUUUGUUUUAAAUAGCUAAAUGGAAGAAUUCUGUGUUUUGAGACUUCACACAGAAAUGGACAUGAAGCAAAAGUCACUUUGCUAAUCCACUUUGUUGCAGCAUGACACAAAUGUUAAAGAUUUUCAAAUAUAUCGAAUCAGAUUUUACAUUCAUAUUUCACUCAAUGUCUUUCUCCACCCCCAGUAGUGGUAUAUUUUUUAACACAUGCUGUUACGCAAGUAAUAACAUUCUGCAUUCAACAUUCACGCUACAGAAUGAAUUAUAAACCGAUAAAUGAUGGACAUUUUGUUUGAUCAAAUGAUUUUGAUGCCAAAUAAGUAUGAAGCAUUUGCUAGCAUUGUGAAACAAAUAUAGAAAAAGUAUACAGUAUUUUUGGGGUCAUGAGGUUGGCAAAAUGUAUAGUGUGUUAUAAUGGCCAGACAAUUGAGAUCCUAUGUAAAGCACUUUUUAAUUUUAAUUUUACAAAGAGUGUAAAUAGUUGUUUCAUAUUUCUUGUUCAAUCAGAGUUGAUAACGCUGUAUUUAGAGUAAUCCAUCGCUCCCUUAUAUCAUAUAUUUUUUGUUUUUUUUUGUUUUUGUUCACCAUGAAAACAAUGGAGUUGUCUACAUCAUCACUCUGUAACUUGACAAAAUGUUUCUUUCAGCAUUUAUUUACUGCUUGUUCUCCCUCCUUGGACUUUAAACUCUCCUCCCAUUUAAAGAAUGACACUCAACAAAAUUGCUUGUAUUGUAUUCAUCUUAUACAGUGACACUAGCUCCUGAGCCUACAGGCUUGAGGCAAGAUCAGUCAUUCACCUACCAUGAGAAAAAAAAAGUACCAUUGCCUUGGUCUAAGUUUUUUCAAGCUGUAUAUUUGAUCUAAGACCUUUCUACAGAUUUGUUUUGUUAAAAUAUUUUCUGUGAAGAAUGUAAUUAUGAUUGUAAUUUAUGAAAUGCUGAUUUAUUAAAUUAUGUAAAUC